AACUAGAGAAAGCCUGCACGCAGCAACAAAGAUCCAACGCAGCCAAAAAAAAAAAGGCCUAAGGUAGAAACAAUCUUAGCUUGAUCGGGAAGAGAGACCCAAUGGCCAGUGUGGCUUGAGGGGCGUGAGUGAGGGAGAGUGGAAGGCAAUGAGGGUGAGAAAGAAAGCAGGAGCCAGCCUUGUGAGGCCCUAUAUAGGCCACGGUUAGAAGUUGCUUUAUUCUCAGUGUGUUGGGAAGCUGUUGGAGGGAAUGAAUGAUUGAAGUCACCCUUCCUGGGCCUCAGUUUCUUAUCUAUAAAAUGGAUCAGAUUAUUGCUUCCCAAACACCAGCUUGAAGACUGGAGAUAAACCAGGAGCACAGGAGUCACCUGAGGAACUUUUAGAGGCCACAGACAAACGGAAGGCGCUGGAGGAGACCAUGGCCUUCACCACCCAGGCCCUGGCCAGUGUGGCCUACCAGGUGGGCAACCUGGCUGGACACACUCUGCAUAUGUUGGACCUUCAGGCGUCCGCCCUGAGGCAGGUGGAAGCCCGUGUGAGCACGCUGGGCCAGAUGGUGAACAUGCACAUGGAGAAGGUGGCCCGAAGGGAGAUCGGCACCUUAGCCACCGUCCAGCGGCUGCCCCCCAGCCAGAAAAUUAUCGCCCCUGAGAGCCUGCCUCCCCUCACGCCCUACUACAGGAGACCCCUCAACUUCGGUUGCCUGGAUGACAUCGGUCACGGGGUCAAGGAUCUGAGCACACAGCUGUCGCGGACCGGGACCCUGUCUCGAAAGAGCAUCAAGGCGCCUGCCACACCCGGCUCCGCCACCCUGGGGAGAGCGCCCCGGAUCCCCGAGCCAGUGCAGCUCCCCGUGGUGCCGGACGGCAAACUCUCCGCCGCCUCCUCUGCCUCCUCCCUAGCCUCGGCCGGCAGCGCCGAAGGUGUUGGUGGGGUCUCCACGACCCAGGAGCAGGCAGUACCCCCACCUCCACCCCCUCCACCUGCUGCCUCCGAAGGUUUCCUGCCGCCCCCUCCGCUGGGGGAACUGUGCCUGCCCCCAACAGCCCCAGAGCUGCCCAUGCCCCUGGACCUGCCCCCUCCUCCACCCUUGGAUGUAGGUGAUUUGGGGCUACCACCUCCGCCACCACCAGGCUUUGGGCCUGAAGAACCCAGCUGGGUCCCUGAUGCAUACUUGGAGAAAGUGGUGACACUGUACCCAUACACCCGCCAGAAGGACAACGAACUCUCCUUCUCUGAGGGCACCGUUAUCUGCAUCACCCGCCGCUACUCCGAUGGCUGGUGUGAGGGUGUCUGCUCAGAGGGGUCUGGAUUCUUCCCCGGGAACUAUGUGGAACCCAGCUGCUGACAGUCUGGGCUCUCUGGGAUGCGGACCCAAGCACAGCCUUGAGUGAGCCUCUUUUUGAGUCCCACACCGAAGCCAGCUCCACAGUCAAGACUGGACCAGGCCUGCACACCUCCUGGGCUGUGAGCUGUGUCUGUUCCUUCUCCAGAGGCCUGCUGGAGACAGGAAAGAGCUGGAAACCAAGGAGUUUGGUGACCUUAUCCACAGGGGACCCUUACGCCAUGCAUGACAGGGUCUCCAGCCGCAAGUGCCAACUUUGAAUAAAACUCUGAUGACCUGAUUGCCCUGCAGGGCUGGGGAACCGAGGGACUGAAAGGCAACCCACUUGUAAGGCUCCCGCUAAUUGAGCCCCCCCUGCCUGCCCUAAGCAGCAGUAUCCCCCAUCUCCUCGGUGCUCACUGAGCCCUCUGCACUCGACCCCUGUGCCCCUCUGCAGAGAUGGGCUGCACCCUGCUCUUUUGCCUGUUGCUUGCUUUGUUAUGUAUUUAGUCUUGGUUCCCCAAGCUGGGCACUCCUCCCAAGAGUGGGGACCAGCUCCCUCACUUAAGUGGGGCUCUCUGAGAGCAGAGAUCACCUCGCCCUCAUCCCUCAGUUGGCGGCGCAAGAGAUCUCAGCCCCCUUCA